AUGGAGCAAAUGUUUGAGAUGUCUGAUUUGGGAAAGAUGGCUUACUUCUUUGGCAUGGAAGUGUCACAAACUCAGCAUGGAAUCUUCCUAAGUCAGAAGGCUUUUGCUUCAAAGAUUCUAAGCAAAUUCUCUAUGCUAAAUUGCAAGGCAACAAGCACACCAGUUGCAUUGGAGAGAAACUAUCGAGCCAAGGUGACUUUGACCAGAUUCAUGCAUUGCUGCAAUGAGAAGAAUUUUCAAGCUGCCAAAAGAGUUCUCAGGUACAUUAAAGGUACACUAAGUUAUGGAAUGCUGUUUAGCAAAGCUGAAAGCAUGAAAUUGGUUGGCAAUGCUGAUAGUGAUUGGGCUGGUUCGAUAGAUGACAUGAAAAGUACCUCAGGGUAUGUUUUUACUCUUGGAUCAACCAUCUUUUGCUGGAGUUUGGAGAAGCAAAAUGUUGUUGUUUCACCAAUCAACAAGCGUAGUAUGUGGCGAUGGCGGGAGUCAUCAAUCGAGCCAUAUGGCUAA